UUUACUAUAUUAACUACUCGACUGCAUAGCAUCAAACCUUUAGUUGAAACAUUCGUCAAAAACAUGACGUGCUUAACAGCGUCGAAAUUAAUUAUUCCUUUUGUAAGAAAGUCUUGUAUUUGUUAACUCAACUUAAUAAAAUAUUAACAUUCUUAACAUUAAUUGAAUUGAAGGCCCUGAUACUUCUGACACAAUGCAAUAAAACAGAUGCAGGUUCGCUGUCUGACAUAAUGCGAUCGAUUUUGGACGUAUUGAAAAGCAUCGAAGGUCUGUUAAAAGAUGAUUCCAUAUCACUUGAUAGCAAAUCCAAGUAUGAUUCCAGAAUUGAUCAAAGUCAAUCGGGUCAAAACGAUAUUUCAUCGACAAAUGAAAAAAUUAAUAUAAUUAUCAACGAUACCUCAUUGCUAGUAAAACCUGAUGAAGAUAAAAAAGAAAAUUCUACCGAUACCAUCUAUGUUGAAGGCGGUUUGUCCAGAAGAAGCUUUGCUGGAAAGGGAGAUAAAAGUGGCGAUCGACACAAAACCUCAAAAAUGCGAACCAAAAUACAAAAAGAAAGUGAUGAAGAAGAAAUGGACGAUUCUGUGGAACAUAAUACAAGCAAUGAUGAAGAGAAUAAUAACUUGCCUGAAGGCGACAGUACCACCGAUAAUCACGAAAAUGAAAGCGAAAGUGAUAAUGACAAUGAUGAAGUAGCUGCACGUCUGUUUGAAGAGUCCGAUGAGUUGAAAAUGUAAAAUUAUACAAUACAUUUGGCUAUGUCUAUAAAGUGCUCUGCAGGUGGAAAUUGUUAUUUUUAUAAAUUAUUUAUCACUCCUGAAAUGUUUUCAGAAAGAAUUUCACAUAUUUAUCAAGACUCUGUGCAAAUUUGUACAGAAUCAAGUGUAAUUUUGAUUACAUUAAUCGUCAUUAUUUGAACGUACUAUAGGGGAACGUUUCGCAUUAGCAAAUAGUGCGAUGAAAAGAAUUGGCACCUCGCACGACAGGUAAUUUUAUGCUUUGAUAUCAAUUUUGAUUGCGGAUUACGAUUUGAAUUCGUCGUUAUACCCUUGGCUUUCAUUUAUCGAGCUAUUAAUCACAUCUGAUUAAUGAUUAAAACAGUAUAUAGUUAAAAACUAUUGUAUUAAAUAAUACAAAUUUUACCUACGCUAUUAGACGUAUUUUACGAAUAACUAAUUACUGCAGUUAAUCAUCUUUUUCUCUUAUAAAUAAUAAUAAAACGGAUAUCAAUAUAUAGAAACGGCAUUAAAUUGACAAAUGACGCGUUAAAAUACAGUAAGGGCAUAUUCGUCAUAGACUCUGUAAAUUUUCCCAAAAUGUGAUACAUCCAAAGAACAGAAAUAUCAAACAAAGAAACCACUCCGGAUUUGCACUGCGGAACGAGAUUUCGCUAAAUGAGCGACGGGCUUGAAAUUGGCUAAUUUCCGAUCCUUCAUCGCUCUGCAUUCACAUGCCAACUCCGCAAGGUAAGUAUAAAAUAAAACACAAACUUUACAGACGAUCGCGGUACUUUUAAUUUGUUGCAGAGCGUCUGAGAAAACACGAUGACUUCGUCCGCGUUAAUCUUCCUCUUGACUUUAGGCAUCAUUGCCAGUGGUAUAAUUCCAGCCGAUUCCCGCUACAGGGGACCAGCCAAGCAAAAGAAAUCAGUGGCCCGCCGUGAGUUAGAAGAAUCAGUGGAGUCAGACGCCCAAAUCCCUCCCGAUAUCCAGAACUCGCCAAAAGCCAUCAACGAGUCUCGACUACCGAUCUCCAAGUCCUUGGCCCGGAAACUCAGCGAGAUGCUGACGAUCGCGGUAGCCGAGGCCGUGGCUCAGGUCGUCGAGGACGAACCUACCAAGUUAACGGCUUGUACGGCCCUGUUCCGUCGCCGUAACUACAAUAGCAACGUUAAUCAGAACUACAACUACAACACCAAUACCAACGCCAACUACAGAGGUCUUAUGAAACCAGUUUCACCACCGGCACCGGUUGCACCGCCUCCUGAAGAGCAGGAACAGGUGGACGACGAGAUUUCGGAAGAAGAAGACUCGAUCGAGGCACAAGUAUCAGAGGAAAGCGAAGAGGAAGAUGACUCCGACACUAUAGAAGAACCAAGUAUGGAGGAUGAACAACGCGAUAUCAAGUUACCAAAAGAUCUACUUGCAAAACUGAAAUCAAAAUCUCUUGUGAGGAGGCCAAGACCACCAAUCAGGUCAAAGAAUAAGAAUAAAAAUGUCAACGUAAAUACGAACACUAAUAUUUUGAGCUUCCGCAAAGACGAUUCAAACAGGAACGAGGUUGCUACCAGCGAAGAGACCGAUGAUGCCACGACUGCGAUGCCUAAACCGGAGACUAAAACAAACGCUCGUCGUCGGAUGAGACAUAAUUAAACGCUUUAUGCGUAAUUUAUCAAGAUUUCAUUACGGGAAUAUGUAAAUGCGCCGAAAAUUUAUUAUAAUAAAAAAUAACGAAUAAAAUAUCUCAACGUGUUUUACAAUCAA